AUGGGGUGGGACCCACCUCCGGACAUCAAAAAAUUUCGUUCAAAAGAUGGAAUCGAAGAUUUCAUCUAUACGAACGUAAUGCAAAUUGUAUCAUCUCCAAACUCCAACUAUAGCUCCUCCAAUCAUCAAAAAUCAGAAAUGAGCACUGUUCAUAUAUCUGAGAAAGAGCUGAUGAAUGUUCAACGAAUUAUUGAUUUGCAGAAGAAUGGAUUGCUACGAGUUAAACUAAAUACAGGAAUUGCGAUUUCUACGCACAAAGCCACAGUACCAUCGGAAUCGCGAUCUCAAAAUCAAAGGGGCUCAGGUGUUAUUCGAGCCAAUAUACAUACUGGGGUUUAUCCCCCAGGUCAUGGCGCCACUGAUGGUAUAGUUUUCACUAGAAGAACAAACUCCGGUGAAGAAAAGGGUGGCGGUGCUGGAGGUCCAGCGAGUAUAAUGGAUCAAAGUCAAUGCCAAAUUAUUUCUCAUGAUAUGGAGCAGCUUCAGAACACCAAGCGCGACCUCGAAUCCUCACCAAAACACUUGAAUAUCGCCUGCAACACUGUCAACAGUGGUGACGCUGGAGCUCCGGCCAAUUAUAGGGUGCGAGACCAAUGUCAAAAGGACCACAAUGGUGGUGUGCACCUUCCCAGCCACCUAAGGUACUUCAAAUCUUCACAAACAAGCUCACAUUCAAAAAUUCGUCAAGAGGACUGUGGUGGUGCCGGAGCUCCUGGCUUAGUUCAUGAUCCUCUUAAUGAUAAUAAUAUAGAUCACAAUGUGAAGAAACAAAAUCAUCACAUAAGUGGUGCACAUGCAGCUGCAGGUAUUUUUACUCCCUCUAAUUUGAUUACUAAAGAUUAUAAUAUGUUGAAAUCUAGUGGUGAUCAUGCAAAUGAAUACCCUGGUACUGCUGGUAAUACUUCUAUGCAAAAUGAUAUUGUCCCUUCCACAAGUAGUAUGCUAAAAUCCAUUGGAACUCAAUUGCAAUCUAAUGAAAAUGAGCACCAUGGUGUUGUGAUAGAUUGUUCAAUACAGGGGAAGGAAGGUUAUAUUCAAAAUGAUGCUAGCAAUAUGUUUAAGUAUAGUAAUGAUGUACCUACCGCUACUCAAGGGAGGGAAGAUUAUAUUCAAAAAGAUGCUGGCAAUAAGUUUAAGUCCAGUAAUGUUGUACCUACUACUAUUCAGAACCAAGGCACUAACACUCCCAACCUUAUAGCAGCUCAUAAGAAGAACACUCCAAACCAGCACAAUUUUCCUAAAAUCUCUAGUAACUUUGAUAAGCCAAAUCAAAACCACCAAGAAACUAAGUUAGUACCUAAUAAAUCCCAACCAAAUGAACACAACUUAAUUACCAACUCUGCCUCAUUGAGAGUUUCUAACAACUUUGAGGUUUUUAAUCCUAACAAUCAUAAAAGAGAUCAAAACAGCCAUCCACCAAGUAGGAAAAAUCUUGUCGCCAAAAAUAAUAACCAAAUUAGAGCUCCUAAUCCAAAUACUCCUAAUCCUCCAAAUCCUAUUGUGACUCAUACACUUGCAACCAGACUUAGAGCCCAAGAGGCUGUACAAAAUACUCUUAUAGGUAUCUCUGCUCCUGCAAUCACCACAAAGUAA